CGGUUGAGGAAAAUCAUAACAAACCACACGAGUUUUACUAUCUUAAUGUUGAAACUAUCAAAUGCAGGUAAAGUUAGAUAACCCAGUCUCCUAUUGUUGUUAAUGGCUCACGCCAAACGACGUGUUGAACACUGUAGAAAUAUUUACAUAAGGCAAUAAUAUAUUACAUAAGGAAGGUUGACGAGAAUCGGUAGCCUAUUUUCGUGCACUUGCAGGUUUCCCUGUUUCCAUUUUAAAAUCCAUAGGCUGCAAAACACCAUGCAAGAACAGGAAGAAGACACACAGCAGACCGAAGGCUUGAAAUCGCAACACACCACCACGAGACACCGGAGUGAUAUCAACGCGAACAAAGGUGACAUUACCCAGCAUAUUGAUACGCUGGAUCACAAGCAAGCCUGCAUGGACCUGGAGAACGCUACUCAAGUCAUCAUACAAGUAUUACAGACCACUCAGAUGAGACACAAGCAAGCCUGCAUCAACCUGGAGAAGGCUACUCAAGUCAUCACACAAGCAUUACAGCAUGAAGUAGGAAGGAACCAGGAGCUCUGCGUGGUGAUUCGUCGUCUGGAAGAGAAGGAGGCGGAGACUGGGCGGAGCCUGACAGAGCAGGUGGAGUCAAACAAGCAGUUGAAGCUGAAGAUCGAUGAACUGCAGAAACACCUGGAGGAGAAACACUACUCACUGAUACAGGCCAACCAGGUUGUGUGUUUACUGAAGAGCAAGGAGCUGCUACGAAGUAAACGGAGAAAUCACAGGACAUUACAGGAAGUGAUUGAGUGGCUUCAGGGAGGAGAGAGCCAGAUCAAGGCUAAGAAUAGCUCUCCUCUCCAGUCAGACCAGACGACAUCAGCAGAGGAAUUGUCAUCUGGUGCCCAGAGUCCGACUGCUGAAGGUCCGGCUGGAACACUUGGAAAACGAUCUUCCACCUCCGAUGAUUCCAGAACACGGACUGAAGACAGUUCCAGAAAGUUCCCCUGCCCCAUUUGGGGGAAACACUUCAGGUCCCGGUCUCAGAUCAAGAACACAGAACUGAAGUCUGAAACAUCAGGAUAUACUGAGCCAACACCGCUGCCUAAGCCAGUAAAGGAGAUAAAACAAGAAGAGUUUGAUGAUUUCCUACCAGAAUACCUGUUUGCCGUUAAGAAAGUAAAAGAAAACCCCAGGGUUGACUGUGACGAACAGUCUACAUUGGUGGAAAUUGAACAGAAAGAACAAUCUAAUUCAAGAGAAGGUGGCCACAAAGACUCUUCUCUUACAAAAGUCAACACACAGGAGACAAAAGAACAACCCCAUCAUGGAGAAAAGCUCUAUCCAUGUCCUCAGUGUGGGAAGACCUUCACUAGAAUGAAUCAUCUCAAGACUCACCAGAGGAUACAUACUGGGGAAAAGCCAUAUCAGUGCAGUGACUGUGGGAAGGCCUUUAGUCAAAUAUCCAAUCUCAAGGCACACCAGAGGAUCCACACAGGAGAAAAGUCAUAUGAGUGCCCUACAUGUGGAAAGACUUUCAGGACUAAGUCAGAGGUCACCAGACAUAAACGCAUGCAUACAGGAGAAAAGCCAUAUCCGUGCACUACAUGUGGGAAGAGUUUCAGUCGUAGCUCACAUCUCAUUGUACAUCAAGAAGUUCACACCGGAGUAAAGCCAUAUCAGUGUUCUACAUGUGGGAAGAGUUUCCAUCGUAGCUCACAACUUAAGACCCAUCAGAAAGUGCACAUUUGAAUCAAGCAGGACAAAUGCUGAAUUGACAAAGAGUGUUUACCUAGGAACCAGAACUCAGGGUGAACCAGAGUGCACAUGCACGCAAUUAAGAGACGAUCAUCAUCAUCAUCUGAUCUUACAAAACAUAAUUUCUUGAAUUCGCCAGAAUUGAUUGGAAGAAAAGACUUGCUGGUUAAAACUAUGACACUCAUAUUCAGAUCAAAUCAGAUGCUAAAAUUACUUUAACAUUCAUCAUGAGAGUUACUUUGAGUGUGGAAAUGUUAUUCUAUCACUGUAAAUAAAUGUCUUCAACACUG